AUGUUUCAGCGCAUCCGGUCAUGGUGCCACACGCAGCUGACAGGGCAUCGCCAGCUGCCGGACUUGAAGCAACAAAUGUGUCGUCAAGGAAACAACAAGGUCAAUCCAAGAGGACCGUCGUCAAUUCGAAGUACAGCUUCCUAUUUCAGAUUGGUCAUCCAGCAGCGUGAUCCGCAGCCGUGCGACCAGGACAUCCAUCCCGGGCCGCGCCCUGAGCGCGUCUUGGAACGGGCGGGUGGUUUCGUUCGAAGGCCAACGCCCGGGAAACGACGACAGAGAUCGCCCGUGGCUAUGCGCCGCACUCCGCAGGGCCGUCAUUCUGGGCAAAGCAAGGUCCGCAACAACGUCCGGCCGGGUGUACUCGCGAACUGGGUGGAAGCGAAACAGGUCAUCUGGUACAUGUGGUAUGUAUGGGCCACGUGCGCGGGAGCUGGGCGUGUCGCGGUGUCGGUCAUAGUCGCCCCAAGUGGCCUCGUCGUAGCGCAGAACCGCUUCGCGAUUGACUUCACCUUUCCGCACGAGCUGGCAAGAAUAGUUUCUUCAAAAUCAUUUCUGUCGAUUUCUGUCGUACAUGUCAAGCGAAAUGGCCUGGUCGAGGAUCCGAGUGAUGGGCCAACGAAGUUUCACCUACGGCUGACCAUGCAGAAGUACACCAUCGACGCAGGGCUGGCCAUUAGCGAUGUUGCGAUUGUGCGAAAUUUGUUGGAGAAGCGGGCUGCCAUUCACGAGCGGGGUGCCGCAGGCAACUGGACCGCCCUACAUAUUGCAGCCGCGCAGGGACACUUGAGUGUGGUUGAAACACUUCUGGCUGGCAACGCAGAAGUUUGCACACUGGACGGUGAUGGCCGAUCGGCAUUGGAAUGGGCCGAGUGGCGUGGCCGUGGCCAUGUCGUCCAAGUUCUGCAGCGUCAUGAACGUUUGCAUCGUCUGUUGGACCAGCAGCGUGCGACGGCCCAUGCAGAAAUGAGUUCCCAGUUGUUCACCGCCGAAGCCAGAAUGGCGCAGUUGGGAAAAGAGUUAGCCAUAAGUUCGCAAGAUUCAAGAUUUGGACGUAAAGCAGCUGCGCAAUCCACCGGAGACAACCGUCAACUGGAAGGCUUGGAGGACAUGGUGGCGCACUUGCAGCAGCAAAAUGCAGUCCUGGAGCAGCAGUGUGCGCAGAGCACCAACAUUGAAGAAAGCUUGCGAGCGUGGGAGAAUGAAGAGCGCACGUGUGAAGACUUGCUGGCGCGGGAGAGGCAGCAUUACCGAAAGUCUGAAGACAGUCUUCGCACGGAGCUGGAAUGUCAGGAGCAGCGGUUGGACAAAGUACGCGAACAGCGCGAUGCUGGCAUGGAAGAAGAGCUGCGCCAUUGCCAAGCCACGCUGCGGCAGGAACGAUGCCAGCAUGAGGAGGUUGAAGCGAGUCUUCGUGCUCUCCAGGGGCAGAGCGGCCCAGGGGAAGAGCGAUUCGAGAAGUGCGAGAGUCUCUUGGAUAGCGAACGUCGUCAACGAUCAGAAGCUCAAGAUUGUUUGAAAGAAUGUGAGAUGAGGGAGCAGCAGCAACGUGAUGUUGCGGAGUGUACCAUCCAGAAGCUCAAGCAGGAGCUUGUUGCGGCGGACGAAAGGGCAGAGUCCAUGCAAAAAGAGGUCGUUGCUGCAGAGGAGGAGCCUCGGCCCUUGGUAAAGGUGCUUCCUGCACAGCCACACGCAGGUGAUGAAGCAUUCAACAUUGGCCUCGAUGCUGCAUCGAUGGCAGGAAGCACUCGGUUGCAGAGCCUCCGUGGUGCUCCACGAGCAAGUGAGACUCGCUGGCUGAGCAUGAAUGAGAUCGUUGAGCAUCGGGCAAAGAUGGUCCAGAGCGUGGAGGACGGCUCCCUGAACAGGGUCGCGACCGCAACCUUCGGGCACCUGGCAGAAGGAAAAGGCACUUUGACUUGGAACAAUGGUGCCAUCCCACAGUUCAUCACCCAGGUCCUGGAUCAUUUUGGCCUGCAUCCGCCGCCCUCAGGGCAGGUGUAUCAGCUCUACACCGCUUUCGACAGGGACAAGAACGGAAGCCUGUCCCUGUCAGAGAGCCUCCGCCUCGUCGAGGCUAUCGUUCGGGCAGCCUUUAACAUCAAAACUGAGUCGGCCCGGCUCAACACGUCCACAUCCUCAGUGUUACCCACUUCUCCUUCGGGUCCGGGUCUGCCGAGUGCACCAUCUGGCCCUCCGAGCGUUCUCUACCCUGUUGGCAGCAGUGCUACGACUCCUGCACCACCUCUGGCACAACUGGCCACGCAGGCUCUUCCAGUGCCAAGUGGCGCACCGGUCAUGCCGUCCUCCGCUACCAGAGGGUAUCGCUUGGCUCAAGAGUGGAUUGAGGGAUACAGCGUUCAGCCUCUGACGCAAACGACCAUGGCCUACACGCCCAGAAGGAAGCCGGUGGACAUCGCCGACUUCACUAGCAACUUCCACGACACGGCGGAGGCCAAUGCGCCGAACAUCUCCAGGAUUAAGGCUUCGCUGGAGAACCUGUCCCUCCUCAAGGAAGCCCUGGAGCUCUUCCGCGCGUGCGAUCGAGAAAGGAGGGGCUAUCUGUCCUGGGAAGCUGGAGAAAUCCAGAGCUUCAUUUCGAGGGUCUUCAUGAAGCAGGGCUUGGUGCCUCCGAGACAGGAGCAGAUCCGCUCACUGUUUGCAGCUUUUGACCUCGAUGGCAACGGGCGUUUGGAGCCUCGGGAGUGCGUGUGCAUGGUGGAUGCCUUGGCCCGCGCGAUCAUCCUGGCGCAGCCUCGCAGCAUGCAGGCCCGGGCCAUGGGUACACUGACCGUUCCAGCGUACAGUCUGGCAGAGCAGUGGCUGGCAGAUUACCGCCCACCUGCUGUCCUGGAUGGACAAACAGUCCACUAUCCGCUCGAUCGCUCGCCUGUCGAUCUCAGUCAGCUGGCAGUCCACUUGCGAUCCGUCGUGCCGCACAACGCUAGGCACAAAGCAAGGAUGAUUGGGGCCAUCGAGAGCGGCGAGUUUCUGAAGGAGGCGCUUCGACUUUUCAAGGAGUGCGAUACCGAUAGGAAUGGCCAGCUGACCUGGAACGAGCGAGAGAUCCCGAAAUUCAUCGCGAAGGUGUUCCGCAAGUACGACUUGAUGGAGCCGAAAGAGGCACAGCUCUAUGAGAUCUACAGAUACUAUGAUGGCGACCAGAGCUACAGCCUGGAUGUUAGAGAGAGCCUGUGUCUCGCUGAUGCCGUCGUCCGAGCCAUGUACUUGGAUUCUGAGGGGCGGUCACCGCAAAGCCGCUGCUCCAAUCGAGUGAGCUUCAGCGCAGAGGUCAGCCCAGUGCAUUCUGCUGGUUCCCACAUCGAGCGUCGCAGGAUGCUGAGCGAUGAGGAGGCAGCGCGGCGCGUGGCACUGCAAGAAGCGGCCAUGGAGCAGAGGUUCGAGCACUUGAUGAGGAGAUGCAACGAAUCCAUCAAAGAGCGCGAUACGAUGGCUGCCUUGUACGUUGUUUUGGGAGCCUGGCGACAGUUUGCUGUGCACGAGCUCGCUGCAAGAAUGAAGGAGGAGUGGAAGUUGAAGCUUGCAGAGGCCGAGAAGAAGCUGCGCGAGGAGCAGCAGAGCUUCCAGAACCGCCUGGAAGAUGAGCUCGACAGGCUGCAGCGGACCCGUGCUCUCGACACUUCGACCAGCGUUGUUUCUGCGGUCGGCUAUGCAGAGGCAGCUGCCCAGGCGGAGGAAGAGGCAGAGAAGCGCUUCCAGAAGGAGCGGCACCUUUGGGAGGCACGCUGCAAGGAGGAGCGGCAAAGGCGUGAGAGCCUUCAAGCCGCUCAGGCAGCAGCACUUGCGAAUGCUGCGAAUGAAGCAGAGAAGAGUGCAGAGGCGCGUUUCGAGGAGGAGCGGGAGCUGUACGAGCAGCGCUUGAAGGAGGAGCGCGAGAAGCGCAACCGCGCUGAGGCCGCCAAGGCGCAAGCAUUGGACCAUUAUAUGGCCGAAGUCAGGACACAGAAAAAGAACGCUGUUCAGAAGGUCAUCGAUAGCCUAUUCCCGAAAACCAGAGACCGAGCAGCGGGCCAGCUGAAGAACAUUGCGUCCUCCUGGCUGAGCCUUGCUAAGGCAGGAGCACGGAGGAGGCGCCGCGUUGGCGCCAUCGACAAGGCAGUGAUGAGCUGGGGGAGGAAGGCCAUGUCUGGCCGGCCGGGCCCAUCUUUCAAUGCUUGGCGCGACGUCCUGCGAGCAAAGCGGCGUGCGCACGCUGCGAUGGGUGUUCUGGAACGACAGUGGCUUGGCGGCUCGAGAGCUGGGCUGGCGGCAUCAUACCUUGCUGAGUGGCGACGGGCAUUGGACCAGAAGCGCCAGAUGGCAUUGAAGGCCAAGCGGCGCUCGAAAGCUCACGCGCAAGUGAGCCUGUUGCUGGCACAGUGGGAACGAGGGCGUGCAGCCGGCCUGGUCGCGAGCUACCUGUCAGCAUGGAAGAGAGUCGCCGACGCAGCUGCCAGAAUCCGAGCGAGAGGGUCGCGCGCCGAAGCUGUGCAGCUGGCGCUCCAAAAGUGGCAAAGAGGUAGUGCUCGGGGUCUGCUUCAUGAAGCCUUGCGCCUGUGGCACAAGCUGUGCGGCCGUCGCAGACAGGCCUUGCUUGUCAGCCAGAGCCUGGUGGCAUGGGAGCAGCAAGCAGAGGUUGGCCUUGUCCACACGUGCUUCGCAGCCUGGCUGAAGAUGGUCUUAGCAGCGAAGCGCGAGCACGGUAAACAGCAACAGACAGAAGCCGUGACCUUGGCACUCCAAAAGUGGGAGCGCGGCAACAAGCAAGGACUGUUGCAUGAAGUCCUAGACCAGUGGUACAAGCUGUUUGUGCCAAGAUCGCGGCAGGCCGCUCUUCUCAGCAACUACCUCGUCUCCUGGGAGGUGGAAGCAGAAGUCGGCUUGUUGCAAACUUGUGCGGCAGCUUGGCGGAAGCUUGCCGACGGAGCUGCGCGGCAACGCUUCCGAGAGCGCAGCCGCGAAGCCGUGCACCUUGCCAUGGAGAAGUGGGCACUCGGCAACGAGAAGGGGCUGCUGCACGAGAUACUGGACCUGUGGCACAAGAGCUGUGCUUCACGCAAGCACCAGGCCCAGCUCAUCGCCAAGUGCUUGACAGGAAUGGAGGAGAAGUCGCUCGUGGGCCUUCUGCACACCUGCUUCCUGGCAUGGUGGAAGGUCGGAAAUGCGGAAUUGCAGCACCACAGGAAGGAGCGCAGCCGGGAGGCCGUUCAGCUCGUGCUUCAGAAGUGGAUGCGUGGGAAAGUCCAGGGGCUCCUACACGAGACUCUUGAUCAGUGGCACCAUCUAUGCGUCAACAAAGCCCAGCGCGAUCUUCUGGUGAAGAGAUACCUGACAUCCUGGGAAAUGGAGACGCAGGUCGGUCUGGCCCAGACUUGCCUAACUUCCUGGAAGAAGCUGGCAGAUGCACUGGCACGGCAGCGCAGCAAGCAGCACGGGCAUGAGGCGGUCAAGCUGGCGCUGCAGAAGUGGGAGCGCGGAAAUACCCGUGGACUCUUGCACGAGGUGCUGCAAGAGUGGUUUGGGCUGGGCGUGACGCAUCGCCGACAAGCGGCCCUUGCAAGUCGCUACCUGAUGUCCUGGGAAGGACAGUCGCAGGUUGCCAUUCGCCAGACGUGCUUCGCCUCAUGGCGGGAACUUGCACAUGCUGCAGCCAAGCUGCGCGCCAAGCAGCGUGGCCGCGAGGCGGUCCACUUGGCAGUCCAAAAGUGGGAGCGAGGUAAUGUUUCGGGCCUCCUGCAUGAGAUCAUGACGCUGUGGCAGAAGCUGAGCGCCACCCGCAGACACCGAGCAGGCUUGAUCCAGAGCUGCAUGGUGUCGUGGAGACAGCGGACAGAAGGGGGACUCCUCAGCACCAGCCUUUCUGCGUGGAGACAGCUGGUGGAGGCAACCGUUCGCCAACGCACGAAGGAGCGCGGACGAGAGUCUAUCCAGCUGGCUUUGCAGAAGUGGGAGCGUGGCAACGUGCAAGGUCUUCUGCACGAAGUGGUGGGACAGUGGCACCACCUGUGCAGUGAUCGCCGCCAGAGGGCCAAGCUUCUGGGUCGUUCCCUACUGGCCCUGGAAGGCCAUGCUCAGGGAGCCCUGUCGGGCACGAUCUUGGCAUGCUGGCGGCAAGUGUCGCAGGCUGAAAGCCGGAAGCGUGCAAAGGAGCAUAGCCACGAGGCUGUGACCUUGGCGCUGCAGAAGUGGGAACGAGGGAACGUCAGCGGCUUGCUCCAUGAAGUGCUUCAUCAGUGGCAGAAGCUUUUUGCGGGGCGUCGGCAAAAGGCUAAGCUGUUGAGCCGGUACCUUGUCAGCAUGGAGGCGCAAGCGGGAGUCGGACUGCUUGGCAGCUUCCACGCGUUAUGGAAACAACAGGUUCAGGUGGAGAAGCGGCAGCGUGCCAAAGAGCAUGGCCGCGAAGCCGUGCGCCUGGCCCUGCAAAAGUGGGAGCGCGGCAACGAGCGCGGCUUGCUAACGGAGACGCUGUCAGAGUGGCAUCGUGUUCGGCAGCUGCACAAAGCAGAGGCUCGCCGCGAGCGAUCUCACCAAGCUGUGCUGAUGAUGCUCCAAACAUGGCGCCGUCCUGGCCCCCAGGGCAUAGCGGCUUGCGCCAUCUCAGCCUGGGCGCGCCUCGCUGCAAAGCGGAGAGGACGGUCACGUGCAGCUGCUUCCAUGGAGCGCCAAGUGGCACGAUUUCUGCUUGCACGAACUGGGGCCAUGCGCCAAGCUGUGCUCUCAGAUCAGAAGCCACGCCAGGGUGAGGUGACUGCAGCCACGGCAUGA